AUGCGAAAAACGUUUAACGAAGACGAGUGCGCCUGUCCACCGCCACGGGCUUCGCACGCAUCUCGUUGUUAUCGGCGCCUGCCCGUCCGCACUCACUUUGUGACUUAUGCCCACCGACGCUGGACGCACCGAAAUUGCGUCACCUGCAGCGAGGGCCCGCGCGCCCGCCGUUGCACGCGUAAAGACGCAGGCCUUAGUGCUGCUCUGCUGACGACGCAAUUGCCACUUGGAGCAACGCCAGCGACGCGCAGCGCUGCUGGGGCCAACGGCGCGGACGCAGGCGCGGGCACGGGCGAGGCCUCGAGCACGGGCGCUGACGUGCUGGUUUUUCUCCGGUGCCUGCAACAGGCACUCGAAGGCCCCGGGCGUCUUUAUAUAAUUUUUCCGGACUUACCGAAGCAGAUGGAAAGUCGAUGGAAAGUCGAUGGAAGGAAAGAAAAAAGAGCGACGGGCGGGACGCGCGCAGACGGCGCCGCGGCGGCUCGCGUGGAACCGAGCCCGUCGUAUAGGCGCGACGCUUCCUCGAGCGUUGCGACUGGGAGACGUAGCGGGGACGCAAUGGAAGGAAAGCUUAAGCCGAGGCAGACGGGCGGGCAGAGAUUGGGAGCAAGGAGGGAAACGGAGGUACAGGGCUGCGGCGGUGAGCAGCAGGUGACGCGGAAGUCGCGGGCGCAGGCACGCGCGGGGAGGGGGCGGAUUAGCGCACGUGGCGAGGCGCGGGCCGCGGGGCGCCGCGGAGUGCGACCAAGACCACGUGACGCGCACGUGACGGGGGAGUGUCACAUGACGAGUCACAUGACAGCCACGAUCACAUGA